AUGGACGGUGGGACUUGUCCCACCGAUGCAGGCGAGGCAGCAGACAUGCUGAACACCUUGAUGGAGUUAGGUUUGGUUGGCCAGAGGCUCACGGUGAGCCUGGGCAGUGAAGACUCACUUGCAGCCCAACUGGCGGACAAGAUGGGCAUUGAACGCAAAGCAUGGCACCUCGACUUCGUGAAAGGCCAGGUCAAGUCGGCGGUGAUGAUGGAGGACUUGGAGGCCAGGGCUAGUGGAAGUUGUGCAUCUAGCUCCGUACGGGGCAUCCAGGAUGCAAUGUAUGUGAAUGAGAAGUCGAAGGUGAAGGCACUUGAGCCAACGGAUCCGGUUGUGGUUAUUACUCCUAGGCCCAAGAAAGGACUCUUGGGGAAGAGCGUGAUGUUGAGAAGUGGAAGAAUGGUGACAGAAGAAGUUGUUGCAGUUGAGAAGUUGGUGAGUGAGCUCCAGACCUACGAUGCGCCAGUACUCAAGGAGGUAUCUUGGGUACUGGCAGAAGGUCCGUAUGUGGGCAGGUAUGACGUCGAAACCUGGCCAGAGGCCGACAUCUAUGCAGUGGGUGGAUUACCUCUACGCAAGGGAGGAGGAAGGGAUGGGCCCUUCUGUUCCCUUGGCUGCAAGCUCGGCAGUCACGUGGUUCCAGAAGACGGCUGGGUUGAGGGAUGA